GCCGUGCUUCAAUCAUUCAGGACUCGGAACGACCGCGAACGGAUUGGGUCUACUGGCUGGAACGGAUGAUGGAUGUGCACCGAGGCCAGAAAUAGGAUGACUCAAUCCGGCACAGCGAUCUUGCCGGCACCGCAGUUGACAUAAACUGUGAGGGCAUAUAAGGAUUGUGCUGUAUGAAAUGAAAUGCAAUCCUCCAUUGCUGAAGCAACGAGCUCACUCAGCCAUGAUCCCGACUUCUUCUAACUACCCCCCUCCCGUUUUCGCGUUGGCGCGUCGGCGCACUCCCAUGGCCUGCACGAACUGCCGGAAGCGAAAGAUAAAGUGCCUGGUGAAAGAAGAUCAGCCACUGAAGACGUGCGAGCGAUGCACGAAGCGCAAGCUGCACUGCGAGUACCGGCCUGUGCUCGAAGAAGCUCUGCUCGUCGACGAGUCCGAAAGCAUCGGCAGCCCGGAUAGUACUACGUCGGAGGCCGAGUUC